CAAAAUUCUAGCUGACAAUUAGCUAGUUCCCAUCAAAAAAAUCUAUCCAUGGCUAAAAUUUUGGUUUUAAUGUUAUUAGUAGAAUUUUUCCUUGUUUUUGGCUGGUUCUUAUCAUCAUCAUCAUCAGCCACUGCUUCAGUUUUGCCAAAUCCAUCAUCAUCCCCAAAUUCGAUCGACCCUUUAAUCAUACACCAAGAGUUCGAGAAUUUCAUCACUGAGUACGGCAAGAAUUACACAACCGAGGAAGAGAGAAGCAAGAGAUUCCAGAUUUUCACGAAAACUUUCAACUACAUCGCGGAGUUCAACAGGACUCGAGGCCCUAAUACCACCUUCGAUCUUGGUAUCAAUUUCUUCGCUGAUCUUGACGACGAUGAACUCGAAAAAUUCUGUGGAGAUUUGCCAGUUUCCGACAGCGACGAGGACUACGUUAGAGAUGAUGAAGAAGAAGAAAGAAAUAUGUACAACAUGACUGAUCAACUCCCUGCUAGUGUUGAUUGGAGAUCCAAAGGAGCUGUCACGUCAGUCAAAGACCAAACCAGUCCUGCUUGUGGAGGUUGCUGGGCAUUUGGCACCAUAGCUGCAUUAGAGGGUUUAGUACAAAUAAGGAAAAAGAAACUUGUGGAGCUUUCUGUGCAAGAACUAAUUGAUUGUGUUGAAGGAUCGAGUUGUAGAGGAGGAUAUCCAGAUGACGCUUACGAGUAUAUACUCGAAAACCAAAUUUCAUCCGAAGAAUUCUAUUCCUACGUGGGAUUCAAACAUACGUAUUGCGCCAACGCCAUUACGAAAAGGGAAGCCAAGAUCGACCAAUACGAGCAAGUUCCGCAGGGUAAUGAAUUAGCCCUGAAGAGGAGGGUGGCGGCGCAGCCGGUGACGGUCGGAAUUUGUUCCGACAAGGCGUAUUAUACCUACAGACGUGGGGUUUUCAGUCAUGAUUGUCCUGGCGGUAGAACUGCUAAGCUUAAUCACGUCGUCGCGGUCGUGGGAUACGGGACGGAUGCUCAUGGAACUGAUUUCUGGAUAAUUAAGGAUUCUCAGGGGACUAACUGGGGAGAAAGAGGAUUCAUGCGCAUGAAAAGAGGUGUUGGCCUUCGUCGAAUUGCUCGUUAUGCUUUUUAUCCUGUUAUCGUCGAGUUUUAA